AAAAAAUGCUACAUCUCAGACAAUAUGGGAUUCGAUUGGCUAGCACAUCAGCAAUUUCAGGAACAACUAAACCAGGAAAAUUAUUAGAUUCAAUUAUAAGAGUAGAUCAUGCUGGAGAAUUAGGAGCAGAUAGAAUAUAUGCUGGACAAAUGGCUGUUUUAGGUAGAACUUCUGUUGGCCCAACUAUUCAACAUAUGUGGGAUCAAGAGAAAAAACAUCGUGCAAAAUUUGAAGAAUUAAUUACAAAAUAUCGUGUAAGACCCACUGUCUUAAUACCUAUUUGGAAUGUUGCUGGAUUUAUUCUUGGUGCUGGUACAGCACUUAUGGGAGAAAAAGCAGCUAUGGCUUGCACUGUAGCUGUUGAAACAGUAAUUACAGAGCAUUAUAAUGAUCAAUUGCGUGCAUUAGUAGAAAAUGAAGAAAAAGUAGAUGAAGAAAUUUUAGAAACAAUUAAAAAAUUCCGUGAUGAAGAACAAGAACAUCAUGACACAGGUAUAGAAUAUGGUGCAGAACAAGCCCCAUUUUAUCAAGCUUUAACAAAUAUUAUUAAAUUUGGUUGUAAAACUGCUAUAUCAAUAUCUAAAGUUAUAUAAUAUUAUUAUAAUCU